GUUGGCACGGUGAAGCGUUGUUACCUUCAGCGGGCCUAUCAGAUUCUUCAGUCGCUUCGGGGGCGGCAGCGGCAGGCGCAGGCACGGCCUCAGCCUCCGGGUUGACGGCAGGAGCCUCCUGGGUUGUGUCCUUCUUCUUUUCCACGUCGGUGGAAGUGCCCUCAGUCGGGGGAGUGGCGCGAUUGUUCUCGCCAGACAUGGUCUCGAGAUGGUGGCGAUGUGAUGUCAGCACGCGACUGGGGUGGAAACAGGAGCUGAUGCAAUGUUUGGUGCAGAAGAGCGAAAGUCGACGCGUUCUUCGCGUAAGACUCGACGAGGGUGUACGUGCUUCUCGCUCAGCUCCGCGUUAUGAUGAAUGUUGAUGGCGUGCGCGGUUGGGGGGAUAAGUCACAAUGCGCAGGCAGCUUGGCGAUUGGAGCAGUAACAAUGCGCCGAGGUGAAGUUGAGAGAACACUCGCGAAGCAGAGAAAUUAUUUGAGGGCAGUACACGAGGGAGUUGGUCCGAGCGUCUUGGCGACGCAGCUUUCUGCUUGGGCCUACGUGAGAGGGCGGCGGAGUUGCUCACGGGAGGAGCGGCAACUUGUUGUGGGCAUGCGUCCGAUCCAUGGAAGCACAACGCCAACAGCGCCCGCCCGCACCCAACAACGCCGCUGGCCUGGUCAAAAGUCCCACGGUGCUUGUGAAAGGGCACCGAGUCAUCGCCCAUCCACGCAACUGCCAAACCGCACUCCCCUUCCACGGUCGGGCAAUCUUGAUCGACAGUCCAUCAAAAGCCGCUAUCCACCACGUAGUAGCUCUUUGCCACCCUCCUGGCUUGACGUACCCCAACCCCUCUCUCCCAGGCAUUCCGAGCAGGCGCAGCACCAACAGGAGCUUUGUUGCAGAUACCUGCUGCCACAGGCCGAGCACAACAACCCCCGAGACCCCACACCGGUUCCGAGUUCAGCCUGACGGACGCCGCCCUUUCAUUCACCGACUGCCGAGAGGUCAAAGGAAACGAAACAAACAAAAACCUCGGAAGCCUCAAAGGCUGUGUCAUUCUGCAUUUGCCCCC